AUGGUUGCCAUUAAGACCACCACCCUCGCAGCAGUCCUGAUCUGCACCGCCUCAGUCUCGGCGACAUGGUUUCACGUGAAUAGAGGCUGCAUCCUUCUCAACCAAUCUAUCCUCUGCGCGGGCAACGACGGUGCGCGCCAGAUUGACGGUGGUAGUGCCCAUGUCGAAGCCAAGUUGGACCAGUCCAACCACUGCCAAAAAGACUUCUCGUGGCCUUCAAGCUAUGGUGAUAUCUACUAUGGUGCUGACAACUGCCUUUACGACUCUAAGGGCCAGAACAUCAACGGCCAGUGCUGCUAA